GACACCUGAACUUGAGGCGGCCACCAGCCCUGCCCAUCACGAGCCCUUGCCGUGGGCGCACCGAGGCACCACUCAUGCCAGGACGCUGGUUUACGAAUUGCACAAAGAAGCCUCUGCUUGCUUCAAGUAGGUGCUGUCAAUUCUUAUAUAAGGCAGGAACUCUUUGCUCUUUCUCCACAAAUAAGAUUUUCGGCUUCUGCAGAUCAGGGUAGUUGGCGCCUAUUCCUUGCUUGGUUUCUAAAAUGGAAAAUCCAGUGAAGAAGGUUUUGCUUACAUCCAAUGGCGAUGAAAUUUCGCAGAACAUUGCUUACCAUUUGGUGAAUCGCGGUUGCAGGGUAGUUUUGAUGGGAGAGGAGAACUGCCUUCGGAAUGUCGCACAAGAGAUAUCGGCUUCUUUGAAGAGAAACGAUAAGAUAGAAGUGGUUGCUGUCGAUAUGGAGGACGAUAAGGAGGUUAGUUUUGAUCAAGCAGUGGAUAAAGCUUGGAGGAUUUUGGGAAAUUUUGAUGCUUUCGUCCAUUGUUAUACUUAUGAAGGAAAGAUGCAAGACUCUCUGCAUCUGGUUGAAGAUGAAUUCAAAAAGAUAGUGAAAAUAAAUUUCACGGCACCCUGGUUUUUAGCUAAGGCAGUUGAAAAAAGAAUGCGAGAUUUCAAAUCAGGAGGAUCAAUCAUAUUUCUGACCUCAAUUAUUGGAGCGGAGAGGGGUCUCUAUCAGGGAGCUACUGCUUAUGGUUCAUGUUUGGCUGGAGUCCAGCAGUUGGUUAGGCUGUCAGCACUGGAGAUGGGGAAAUACCAGAUCAGGGUCAAUGCUAUUGCCCGCGGCUUACACCUACAGGACGAGUAUCCAUUGUCAGUAGGGAAGGAGAAGGCAGAGAAAUUGUCGGAUAAGGUGAUGCCACUUUCCAGGUGGCUUGAUGUGAAGAACGAUCUUGCAUCAACUGUUAUUUAUUUGAUCAGUGAUGAGUCUCGCUAUAUGACUGGGACUACCAUCUUUGUUGAUGGGGCCCAGUCCCUUGUAAGGCCUCGGAUGCGAUCUUACAUGUGAUAUUAGGAUUCACUAGUAACAUAAAUUUUCUAUUACCCACCAGAAAGAACGAUCAACUUCUAUGUUUAUGUUUGGAUGUAUAUGUACUUCACAAGUAAUAGUGGAUGAAGACUCUUGCUUAUUUUAACCAUUGCAAAUGUAUCUGUGGGAGAUAAGAGUAUAAGACAGAUGGUUCACAGCGGCGCAACUCAAUAUAUAUCCAUUACAAUGGUGUAGACCUUGAGGGUCA